CUCACUGAGGCGAGUGCACAGUUAACAGCGGCCAUGGAGAAAUUCUCGGCAUUCAGGGAUCCAGGGACUGGUAUCCAGCCAUUCCUCAGACCAAUUCCACCUUCUGGCUCCGAAGCACUCGCGAGCAUAUUGUCUCCUGUUGGAUACGCGUUUGGAGCUGUCAAGACAGUACUCCUACUCGGCCUCGCUUUGGUCUACUUUGUGCUUGUAGAGGGAGUAUGCUUGGUAUUCUAUCCUGUACGGCCGCUACAUAGAGCCAUUACACAUCUCUUUACGGCCUUUCUGUCCCGAAUGGCAUUACUUCUCGUGGGGCUGUAUUGGGUACCGGUGGAUGUCGUAGCGAGGAAGCGUGGCCGCAACGCGCCAAAAAACGAGUCCUGGAGCCCUGCCGCGGGAGAUCUCAUCGUUUCCAAUUGGGCUUCGUGGGUAGAGAUCCUGUGGCUCGCAUUCCGAUUCAAACCCGCAUUCAUCCUGCCCGUCGUCGACACCCUCGACAUCCCUUCGCCCACCGAAAAGUCAGUCCCGCUCUCGCGCACCCCAGGUCGCCGUACCGGCACGGGCUCCGCCGCGAUCUCUUCCCCCUCACGCGCCCCGAUGCAGCGCAUCCCCAUCCGGGGCUUCCGCCGUGUAGGCCUCCUACGCAUGCUCGCGUCGACCGCGCACCUUCCCCUCGUUGCGGGCUCGACGUCCGCGAAGCCCGAGAGUCUCGAGGAGAUCCGGAGCCAAUCUGACAGGCCCGUCGUGGUGUUCCCAGAGGGCACAACGAGCAAUGGCCGUGCGUUGCUGAGGUUCGCGGACGUGUUCGGGAACGUCAAGCUACCUGUCAUGAAAUACAAGGUAUUCGUCAUGUGUGUUCGCUACGACCCCCCUACGGCAUUUGCACCGACGCUCUCACAUUCCAUUCCCUCAAAAUUCGCCAACCCGAUACCGCACGUUUUCAAACUCGCAAGCUCUCUCGCCCCACUGACGCUCUCGAUACGCCUCCUCUCACCGUCCGAGUCUCCCAGCUCGGGGUCUUUCUUGUUGAGCGAGUUCCUCACCGGGGGCACGUAUUCUGACGAACUGGCAGAAUGCUGUGCUGCUUUGAUGUCGCAAAUCGGGCGUUUCAAGCGUGUGGGGCUGGGGUGGGAAGACAAGGCGGCGUUCCUUAACAUGUACAAGGGCAAACGUUAG